CAAACCUCUCUGCACAUCAAACUCAUAUCACUCUGACCCUCUCAAUUCUUGCUGGCUCUGAGUCUCUUUGUCCCCCACUCCAUCGAGCGAGAGACCCAGUUUGCGCUUCGACGGUCCAAAGCAUCAGACAGCCUUUGUCGUCGAGCACAGCUUCUCUCUCCCGUCUCGACCCAUGUCGACACUCUUCAAUAUGGACGCCGUCUACGACCCAUCCCCACAAGUCGCUCGGACAACGGCCUCUCCUGACUCAGCCCAGGUGGAACAAGAGUUGAUAGCUGGUAUGAGCGCCCUGCGCAGCCAUGACGGUGAUGCUGGCAGCCAGCGAGCCUAUGUGCCAAGCCAAUGGAGCGCCUGCCUCGGGUCACAAGCGGGCAGCGACGACUUUGACAACUACGCGCUUCACAACUCACCGACAAUGACAUACGUCCAGCAUCACGAGAACUCGGCUCAGUCUUCCCCGCGCUGCUGGGACUCUCCAGAGCAGCUUGGGCCUACGCCUUGGGAGGCAGCGACAGAGCAACUUCAUAACCAGUACCCUGGACUGGACCCCCGGCUUUCAGGCGCGAUCUAUCUCCCUGGCAAUCUCAACAACACAGUGCCAACAUCGUAUCCUACCGAUCCUGUACCCUUUGUCCCUUCCCAGAGCUUUGACGGGUCCCAGAUUGUGCACCAGCGUGGCCAGAGUCCAGCAAAACAGAGUCCGGUUGGUUAUCAGCCUUCGCCAAAAGAGGGAUCUCCCUUCACCAGCAGCACCAACCCCCCCGAAAGUCGUCAUCCUCUAUCGCCCUGGACCACCGCGACGCUUGGGCUGUCCACAGGAUACGGCAUGCCGAGUUCUCCUAGCGACCGAGCGAGUCACCAGGCUGCGGUCGAGUUCACGGCCACGGGUCACCGGAGUCGAAGACCUCCAAGAGCUCGAGCUCGAGCUCGAGGCGCAACGCACAGUUCUAAUGGCAAGGAAGAACCCUACGCAAAGCUAAUCUAUCGCGCGUUCUUGAGCACUCCUCGUCGGGCCAUGACUCUGCAAGAGAUCUACCAAUGGUUCCGCGAGAACACCGACAAGGGCAAGACCGAGAGCAAGGGCUGGCAGAACAGCAUUCGACACAACCUGAGCAUGAAUAUGGCGUUCACUAAACGUGAACGUAAACUCGGUAGCUGUAAAGACGGCGACGCUGAAAGCGGCUACGGAAGUGGCAGCCAAAGCGACGGCAGGAAGGUCAGUGAGUGGUAUCUCGAGCCUUGGGCGGCCGAGGGUGUGCAGAGCACCACCAAAUACCGCAAGCACAGCAGCCGCCGCCGGACAACAAGCUACGGCGGAUUCGCCUCAGGAGCUCGCAUCUACCGGAGCUAUUUUGCUCCCCACCCCUCCAGCAGAAGGACAGGCAUCGCGAAUGGCAUCCUCGCGGGCAGAACAGUCCGUUCUGCCCGCCAGGCCUUCGCUGCUGCGUCCUCGCGUAGCAACACUGGUGUCGAUCUCAAUGCCGGCGCGCUUCAGCCAUACCACUUCUCCCCACCGCCGCAGCAGCACCUCCGCCAACCUUACAUCUCCCACCUCCUUGACACCGACCCUUCCAAUGCCACGUCACCCUACGGAACAGAGACGACAGAUGCGACAACGACACCGUCUUUCUUCGCUCGCCACAGCCCACAAGCAAGUCAGACCGGUAACAAUACCAUGGACUUCGGCUACCCAGACCCGCAGCUCUUCUCAAUCGGGGGAACAGCAGGACGCGCGUCAAGCGAGCCGGGCGGAGCAGCGCUCGACAUGGACAACAACGAGCCCGUCACACCCGAGCCCGCCUCGUACGGGGAUGAAGCCGGCAUGGUGCCAGGUCCGAGGGGCGUCGGAUAUCGUCAUCACCACCAACAACAACUGGGCAGCCAUGAGAACCAGCAUACGCUGUCUUCCGCGUACCCUGCUCUGCAAAUGUACGACGAGAUGGUGGACCGCUACCAAGGGUGGGACGGCCCUGGGCCUGUUGUAGGGAUGGGCAACAUGGAUGCUGGGGAGAUGGAUAUGAGUGUGGAGGGGGUUUUCGGUCUUGAGCAGGGAUACAGCAACAAUUGCCUGGACAGCGGGAAUCACGGGCCCGCCGAAAGACAACUGGAGAUUUGACUUUCGACUGAUUCAGACUGUGGGAUUUUUUUUUUACAGUAUUAUUGUUAAUGAUGGCUUGGCUCUACUCGGAUGGAUGGGAUAAGGGGGUCGGGUGGCCAGUAUGCUUUUUCUUGUCCUUUCUC